AUGUUAUAUAUUAAUAAACAUAAUUUCACUAAUAUAAUUCUUAAAUUGCCAAAUGAAACUCCAUUUUUAAUAGGAAUUGGAUACCCUUUAAACUAUUUAGAUUGUUAAGAUAAAUUCUACAAAUAUUUACAAUUACACAAAUUUAAUAAAAUACCUAUAUUUUAAAGAAUUAAAAAGUUUGAAUAUACUUAACCAAUUAAUAAAUUACCAUUAUGCUUUGAUACUAAUAUGCUACCAUAUUUUAAAUAGCUAAACGAUACUUUAUUUAAAAAGAAUAGAUAUAAAUUAGGAAAUAAUGAUUAUAGAUAUGAAUUGAAUGAAGAGAUUAUAAAUUCAUUUAGUGAAGAGUUUUAUAAUGAAAUUCAUAGUCAGAUAAUAUACAGUUUCACUACAUUGAUUUCGUAAUUGUAAUUUAAGUAUAAUUUGGAAAUUAAAGAAGUUUUUGUAAAUAAAAAGCCAGAAGAACACAUGAAAUAGUUAUUUAAACAAUACUUAAAUUUAAGUUUAGUUUAAACAUAAGAUACUCCAGAUGAAAAGCGUUUAAUAUAUACUCCAGGGUUUAUUUAUUUUGAAAAUGAAAUAUAAUGA